CCGUCUUUUCCACUACCACUGCGGUGCCCCCUCAUCAGCUUGGCUUCACCCCUUUCCCCUCCCUCCUCCUCCUUGCCCACCCAACAAGCACUCACCACUCCCUUGCAUCUCGCUCCCAUCCCUCCGAGAUCGAUCGAUCGGCCGGCCAAGGAACGGAGCGGUGAUCGUCGGCAGAUCGACGUGAUGGGGGAUAAUCAGCUGAUGCAUGCUGCUCCUGCCAUGUACAACGGCGGCGGCGGUGGUGGUGCUGUGUCUCACGGCAUGUGGUGGAAUAGCAACGCGGCGGCGGGCGCGGUCCCUGCCGCGGCGUGCUCGACGGAGCUCGCCGGGUUCAACACCUGGCCGGCCGGUCUGUCUGCUGGUGGCUACGACGUGGCGGCGGCAGACGGCGGGAAGCAGGCCAAGAGCUGCACCACCACGGCCUCCUCCGAGUCGCCCGGGAACAACAGCUCCAUAACCUUCCAAGAAACGGCCAGCAUCAACGACCCGGCAGCCGCCGGCUUCGCCGACUGGAAUAACCCUUACAUGAGCAGCGGCGCUGGUAAUAAUAUGCAUGGGUUUCUCCAAGUUGGCCACCAUGACAUGAGCUCGAGAGCGGACCAGCAGAGCAUGAUGAACGCCGUCGCCGCCGCGCCGAAUAACCUAGACCUAGCGCUGCAAGGCCACCAACAACACCACCACCACCAGCAGCAGGACGAUCACCAGCGCCAGCAGCAGCUGCUGUCCAGCCUGGGUGCGCCGGAGCUGCUCCUGUCGCCGAACUCGCCGUACGGGUUCCAGUCGUCGCUGCUGAGGAGCCUCAUCGAGCCGACGGGCAAGCCGGCGCCGGCGGCGGGGCUCCUCCAGCAGUAUCAGUACCAGCAGAUGGGCGGCCAGACAGGCGCCAGGGAGCCGCUCCAGUUCACCAACAACGACGCCGCGUUCUGGAACCAGUCUGCCGGGUUCGGCAUGGGCAUGCCAGCGCCGCCGGCGAGUGACAACGCUGGCGUGCGUGCGGCGAAACAAGCAUCGCCGGCGCCGCGUGGGGCAAACCUUGCACUUAAGACUGUGUUAGAAGGCGUGGGAGACUCUAGCUCGAUCGUCGCCAAGAAGGCCAGCGGCGAGCCGGCGUUCAAGAAGCCGAGAACGGAGAUGCCGUCGCCAUUGCCGACCUUCAAGGUUAGGAAGGAGAAGCUAGGGGACAGGAUCACAGCGCUCCAACAGCUCGUCUCUCCUUUCGGAAAGACGGAUACGGCGUCGGUGCUGCACGAGACCAUCGAGUACAUCAAGUUCCUCCACGACCAAGUUGGUGUGCUCAGCGCCCCAUACCUCAAGAGCGGCCAUCAUCAGCAUCAAGUGCCACAGUACCUCAAGAGCUCGAGCAAUGGUAGCCCCGACAAGUCGUGCAAGGACGGCGGUGAGGUGUCGCUCAAGGGCCGGGGGCUGUGCCUGGUGCCGAUAUCGAGCACCUUCGCCGUGGCCAGCGACGUGCCCGUCGACUUCUGGACUCCCUUCGCCCCCCAAUUCAGGUAGACGGGGAAGAAGAAGGCUUGAUGAACGUACGGCUCCGAUCCGAUCGAUCAGAAGCAACCACGCACCGAUCGAUCCGACGACGACGUUCCUCGAUGAUCUUGGUCGACGAGCUAUAUAUCUAGUAGUAACAGCCUAUGAUCAUAAUUUGUAACAUGUAGUAGCACCACCAAGGAAGGAAGCUUGAUUAAAUUAUAUGGCUAGCUAGCUAGAUGAACCUUUGGAAUGAGUGCUUGAAGACUUGGGCUCAUUCUUCAGGUUCAUCGUCAAGGAAUAAUCUAUCUAUUGACCAAGGGAUGAUCUGCUAGCUGAGAAGAUCAGUACUACUAGUGGAUUAUGUCGCGCCGAUCAUUCGAUCGUCGUCGUAUGAUUGGUUGUUAGGUUUGCAUCAUUGGGCAGUUGUGGAACAGCUUGUUUGAACUAAGAACUACUACUAGUGCUUUAAUUAAUUCAGUGAUGAUGGAUCAAAGCAGAUCUGUCUGUAGCAGGUUUCGUUUCUCUCUUAAGGAUUUGUACCAGCUACCAAAUAAAGAAGUGGCGUCUCCCCUUGA